AAGUACAGACCAGAGACAAAGCAAGAGAAGAAGCAGAGGCUGUUGGCCCAGGGCCAAGAAGAAAGCUGCUGGCAAAGGGGACGUCCCCACUAAGAGACCACCUGUCCUUCCAGCGGGAGUUAACACUGUCACCACCUUGGUGGAGAAGAAGAAAGCUCAGCUGGUGGUGAUUGCACACGACGUGGAUCCCAUUGAGCUGGUUAUCUUCUUGCCUGUCCUGUGUCAUAAAAUGGGAGUCCCUUACUGCAUUAUCAAGGGGAAGGCAAGACUGGGACGUCUAGUCCACAGGAAGACCUGCACCACUGUCGCCUUCACACAGGUUAACUCAAAAGACAAAGGCACUUUGGCUAAGCUGGUGGAAGCUGUCAGGACCAAUUACGACAGAUAUGAUGAGAUCUGUAGUCACUGGGGAGGCAAUGUCCUGGGUCCCAAGUCUGUGGCUGGCAUUGCCAAGCUCGAAAAGGCAAAGGCUAAAGAACUUGCCGCUAAACUGCGUUAAAUGUACACUGUUGAGUUUUCUGUAC